CUUGAAUUUUUGCGACGUGCAACAAAAUUAUUUAAGGUUUAGGGUCGGCCUAACUUUUUUCCUGCCAACUUUACCACAUGGCAUAGAUGCUUGACUCUCUUUUUUCAACAUGUCACAGCUCGAACACGGCGAGCAGCCGGCGAGCUAUUCAACUUCAGCUUCACUUUAUCAACUUCGACUAUUCAAACUCAUAGUAAUAGCCUUUCUAAUGUCGCGAAUGUCCACGUCAUCAUCGUCAGAGCAUGCGUCUAGCAAAGCCCGCAUCGAGGCUGUGAUUCCAACCAUCGUCAACAUACUUGAACCUUUCCAAGCUUCCUCGGCAUCGAUCGGUGUUAUGCACAAUGGCAAAACACUCUACACUAAAGGAUUCGGAAUCUGUGACAGAGACGACAGCAGAAUUCCUGAUGAAAAGACCAUGUAUCACAUCGUGUCUUGCACCAAGUCACUUCCAUAGCCCUAAGCCUUCUUGCGAAGUCAAAUAAAGUUUUUCUCAAUACCCCAAUAAGCACCUGGUCCCCGCGAUUCAACA